UCUUGCUUCCAUCUCUGGGGUUUUCGGGUUAGAAGCAUGUGCUGUUAGGGCCUGAGGCGGGGGAAGACCAACUCCACGACUGUCUGAUUAAAGUAAGCUGUAUCUAAAACUGGCCAGCUGGCUGCCUCUCCCAAAGUCUGGAUUUUAGAGAGCAGCCCCUCACUGGCUUUUGAGGUCCCUCUCCUGGGGAAGGUUGAUAGGAAAUAGCUAUAGAGAUAAUUGGCUGUUAGCACCUGGACAGGAGAGUGGGGGACUCAAGGCUCAAGGUUGCCUGUGGGGUAGAUAAGUGCAAGAAUACAUCAUGUGGAAGGGGAGGCAUCAGGUUAUCUGAGAAGACACACUUUCCUAAGACAAAAGGGCGAUCAUAUGUCGCAAGUUCAGGAGUUUAGCGAGGGGGGCCUUACAGCGUGGGGUCACAAGUUCACUUAGGCUGAAAUGGUUUGCAGGAUACCAUUAAGCUCAGGAAACAGAAACUUACAAGGUACAGAGGCUUAAUGACGAUGUAUAACAAUGUGGCUAUGUUUUAGUUUCCCAGUGCCACAAUGAUGUUGGGUUUCUGUGUAGCUAGGCAUUGAAUUAAUGGCUUCAUGUUUGCUAGGCCUGUACUCUACCAACUGAGCUAUUUUCCCAACCUCUAGCCAUUUGCUAUCAUCAAUCCUCACCUUAUCUUCUUUUUUAAAAGGACACCAAGAAUACCAUGCUAAACUCUGUUCAUUUAUUCAACUCCUCUCAAAAGAGAUGACAUGCUCAGUUUCCUGCUUUGGGACUGUGGAUUCCAAACUCUCUGCACACCAGAGGGGUGGCUGGUCCUGGAAGUUCUGUAUCACGGUGGCUACACCUCAAGUUCCUGGUCACACGGUCUUGGUUUCACUCCGAUGCUAACCAUAUCGCCUGCAAACCCGUCUCCAGCAGGCCUCCUGCUGUAUUUUGCUUGCCUCUGGGUUCGUGUUAGUGUUUUUUGUUUGUUUGUGUUCUUGAGACAGGGUUUCUCUGUGUAGCCCUGGCUGUCCUGGAACUCUCUCUGGGGCACCGGCUUCACGCUAUUGUUUUUUUUUUUUUUUUUUUUAAUUUCGCCUCAUGACAAACCUUCCUAGGGUUUUUCUUUUUGCGUGACUGAUGUGUGUCUUAGCGCCUGGCUGAGAUGGGUACCUGCAGUUGUUUCACGUCUCUUCCCGCCAGAACUCGGCCGGACUCUCACAGGCCAGUCAGGCAAGAAUGCCCCUCAGGAAUCACUCAUUCUCCAUUCCCUGCAUUGCAGAAAGCUCGGCUGGGCAGCCUUCUACUCCUUGCCACCUUGGUGACGGCAUGCAAUGCAGGCUGCUUUUUUGAGAACCGUCAGGGACCGCCUAGUGAGUGUGUGGAUGCUGAUGGUGAAAAACACCCCCUGUUCUCUUUCUGGGUGAAGAACUGUAACAGGUGUUACUGUGAAGAAAAAUCAGUUCACUGCUGCAAUCAAAUUCCUAUACCGGUGUCCUAUGACAAACAGAAGUGUCGUGAAGAAUUCCACAAAGAGACCUGCACCUAUAGGGUGGUGGAGCGGGAUAACCCAGUAAAGGCCUGUGCUGUCGAAGGCUGGAUAAUGUAAAUGGGCUCCCAGUGGGCCCCAGGGUUGAGCAACAUUUGAAUAUUUGUAUGAUUUAAAUUUACCAGUUACAGGUUGGGUAGAGGUAGCCUAUAAUCCUAAAGCUUGGAAGGCAGAGGCAGGUAGAUCUCAAGGCCAGCCAGGUCUACCACGGGAGUUCCAGAACAGCCAGGGCUACACAGAGAAAUCUUGUCUCAAAAAACUAAAAUAAAUAAACCAACAAAUAAAUUUGCCAAUUAU